AUGGCUUCCUCACAGACCGACGACAUGCAAUGGGCACCGUCCCCCGUGCAUCACUUUGAUCGGCUGCCGUCGAUGGACGUGGAUUACGGAACGCAUCGCAACAGUCACAUGCAGGGCGAUUCUAAUUUUGCCAGCACCGGCCUGCAACACCCUCCAAUUUCCACAAACUCUUCUGGGAGUGGUGGCGGCGGCUGUCCAUAUGCACAAAACAGCUUACGGUUUACCCGCUCCCAAGCUCCUCCUCUAAUCAGCAGCAGCAGCAACAGCAACAGCAACAGCAGCGGCAGCGGCAGCAGCAGUAGCAGUAGCUCUACUACCGCCGCCACUGCCGCCGCCACCACAAACACAACCCAAACCCAGCAGCAGAGUUCUAACCUGGAUUUUCUCUGCCGGCCGUCCUCGCUGUUCGGCGGUAGCAACGUCAGGAACUCGCCGCUACCGGAUCCAUUGGGCCUAUCGUAUCGGGUACAUGUGCCUUCCAAUCUAGGCAACUCAUCUGCCAACAGCAGUGCCUCCAACAAUUCCAACAGCAACAACAGCAGCAAUACUCCAUACGAUCCGGUGCACCAUUCUUUGUCGUCUCCGUCCAGAUUGACACAACAACAGCAGCAGCAGCAACAGCAACAACCGCCACCACCACCAACACAGCAGCAACCGCAACAACAACCAAACAACCCACAUACGCACAAUCACCAUCCCCACUACGACCGUCAUCAAGUGGUCCUCCCAAAUCAUCCAUCAACCUUCUCCUGGGGUGCACGAUCCUCGCUACCUCCUCACCCUCGGAGCGGUAGCAUGCCGGGCGUUUUUUGUCCCCCACAGCUGCCACCACCACCUCCUCCUUUGACAUCCGAUCCUUGGACCUCAGGAAGUAUCGGUCGAGGCAACUCACUCGGCCACCCAUACCAGCACAUGCUACCUCAAGCAAGUCACUACAUGUCGACGCCAAAUCAAGCACAUUUUUGGCACCAGCAAGGUCCUCAAUCACAACGCGCCGUACAUUUCAGUCCGCCCUCAAACUCCUCCAGAGCACCGUUGACUUUGGCUUCUCUUCCACCUCUGGCACCCCGCAACAUGGCCUCCAAUUCCGCAGGCUCAAGCAGCACUGCCGGCGAUGCCACCUCUACUGCACCACAUAUGUAUGCCUCCCCCGUCUCGUCGCCGUCGUCAUCCAUCUCGAGCAUCGCUACCAGCCCACAAUCGAGAGACCUACGUGACCUACGACAAGCUCCGCGGGACCAAACACCGGAUGUUCAAGGCAUGGCCCAACAGUCGCAGUCCGCAGAUCGCGAAUCAACGGCAAAUGGUACAGAUGCUCCAGUGACCGCAGGUUCUCCGCAGAGAAGGGCUAGACCCGAGUCUGGGGUUUCCAACAGCAGCCCGGUUCUGGGCCCGCCCCAAGGUGCGCUGGCCGAAGAAGAGGAGCAUUUGGACAUGCUAAUGUCGGAUGAGGAUCACGACUAUAGCGAUGGGGAUUCGAACGAUUCACACCUCCAAGAUAUGUACGUGCAACAGCUGGGCGCCACCGCCGCGAUGGCCCAGGCCAAUCGAGAGGCGGGCCGUAGAGAGGAGUUAGAGGCUCGUCGUGAGGAGCGUAUUCGUCAGCAGCAGCUUUUCCGAGGAGCCAUGACGAACAAGAGGAUAGCUUCCAGGUCGGCAAUUUCUUCGAUGGAGAGCGUGGAUAUUGCUAGCCUUCCCGAGCUGGAGCGCACUUGCGUCAUUUGCUACAACGACUUUGGCGUUCCAUCUCCCGAGGGGAUAAGCGAGGCUCCACUGAGACUGCCCAAAUGCAAGCACGUCUUUGGAGAUCACUGCAUCAAGAAGUGGUUACAGGAUUCAGACACUUGCCCGUACUGCAGGGACAAGCUACCAUCGGAGUCCGUGGUUAGCGUCAACAACCGGUCACUCAAUGCCUAUCUGGGCAUGAACGGCGGUUCCCCUGAUCCCUCCUGGUUCCAGAGCGACCAUGAGGCCGUGAACUUGACCCACGACGCAUUCGUGAGGUUAUACGGCCGCCAAAUCGUCUCUAACAACUCACCAGCAGCUUCCAGGCCUGCAGUCAUAUCCAACAGGCGACCACCACCGCCUGAAGAGCAAGCAGAGCUACGCCAUCGACGCAGGUCUCGCUAUGCCGCACCCGUCAACAAUCGGAGGGGGCAAGCCAUUUUGUCUGGGCACAUCGGCGAGCCGAACGCAAGCGGCACGCGCAACGAGAUUCCACGGUCGAAUUCUCUAUCCGGGGCUUCUGAUCCGUCGGCAUCACAGCGUCCAAUGUCGGCUCUUCAUUCUAUGAACCACAUCCCACAAGAGUGGCAAAGACUUCACUACAGCCCUGCAAGGUCUUCAUCCUCAAACACGGCGACAGGGGGCCAGAUGUCAACUUCCCAGUCCACCGAGGCUGGGGCUAUUUCCAGUGAUGGGAAUCCAAGCGGUUCGGCCAGCGGCUUGGGUGCUCCCGAACCCACGUCAGACGAGGCAUAUUUUGGAUCUGGAGGCCCAUUUUCUCAGCAACUGCCUCAGCUGCCUAGGCUGGACAUUCGUGGGCUUGUUGGUUCAAGCUCUGUCAGUCCGGCUUACCAGUUCUGGGAUGUAAAUGGGACACGAUAG